UUAGUCCUGCGGUCCCUCCCUCGGGACGCCCACGCGGCCAGACCCUUGAGCUGAAGGGGCACAGGAGCUGGCAGGCGGACGCAGGGAUGGGGGGCGAGCAGCAGCAUUACUACGGGAAGCACGGAACUCCACAGAAGUAUGACCCCACCUUCAAAGGACCCAUUUACAACAGGGGCUGCACGGACAUCAUUUGCUGUGUGUUCUUCCUCCUGGCCAUUGUGAGCUACGUGGCUGUAGGGGUCAUAGCUUGGACCCAUGGAGACCCUCGCAAGGUGAUCUACCCCACUGAUAGCCGAGGCCAGUUCUGCGGGCAGAAGGGCACGAAAAAUGCGAACAAACCCUUCCUGUUUUAUUUCAACAUUGUGAAGUGUGUCAGUCCCCUGGUCCUGCUGGAAUUCCAGUGUCCCACCCCCCAGAUCUGCGUGGAGAAGUGCCCGGACCGAUACCUGACCUACCUGAAUGCUCGCCAUUCCCAGGACUGGGAGUACUACAAGCAGUUCUGCAUGCCUGACUUCCAGGACAACAAGGGUCUAGCUGAGGUGCUUCGGGAUGGCGACUGUCCCUCCGUCCUCACUCCUAGCACACCCUUGGCCCAGCGAUGCUUGCCAGCCAUCCACGCCCACAAGGGGGUCCUCAUGGUGGGCAAUGAGACAACCUAUGAGGAUGGGCACGGCAAUCGGAAAAACAUCACUGAGCUGGUUGAAGGCGCCAAGAAUGCCAAUGGGAUCCUGGAGGCUCGGCAGCUAGCCAUGCAGAUAUUUGAAGAUUACACAGUCUCCUGGUACUGGAUCGUCAUAGGCCUGGUCAUUGCCAUGGUGUUGAGCCUCCUGUUCAUUGUGCUCCUCCGUUUCCUGGCUGGCAUUAUGGUCUGGGUGAUGAUCGUCUUGGUGAUUCUGGUGCUGGGCUAUGGUAUAUUUCACUGCUACAUGGAGUAUGCCCGACUGAGUGGUGAAAUCGGCUCGGACAUCUCCCUGGUAGACCUCGGCUUUCAGACAGACCUUCGCGUGUACCUGCAUUUGCGGCAGACCUGGAUGGCCUUCAUGAUAAUUCUGAGCAUCCUUGAGGUUAUUAUCAUUGUGCUGCUCAUCUUUCUGCGGAAGAGAAUUCUCAUUGCCAUUGCACUCAUCAAAGAAGCCAGCAGGGCUGUGGGAUAUGUGAUGUGCUCCAUGCUGUACCCACUGGUCACCUUCUUCCUGCUGUGCCUUUGCAUCGCCUACUGGGCCACCACUGCUGUCUUCCUGUCCACUUCCAAUGAAGCCAUUUAUAAGGUCUUCGGUGAUCUCAACUCCUGCCCUAUUAUUGGGAAAACCUGCAACCCUGAGACCUUCCCCUCCUCCAAUGAAUCCCGCCUGUGUCCUGGAGCCCACUGCCAGUUCGCCUUCUAUGGCGGUGAGUCAGGUUACCACCGGGCCCUCCUGUGGCUGCAGAUCUUCAAUGUCUUCAUGUUCUUCUGGCUGGCCAACUUUGUGCUGGCGCUAGGCCAGGUCACUCUAGCUGGAGCCUUUGCUUCCUACUACUGGGCCCUACGCAAGCCAGAUGACCUACCUGCCUUCCCGCUCUUCUCUUCCUUCAGCCGGGCACUCAGGUACCACACAGGCUCCCUGGCUUUUGGUGCCCUCAUCCUGGCCAUUGUACAGACCAUCCGAGUGAUACUGGAGUAUUUGGAUCAGCGCCUGAAAGCUGCAGACAAUAAGUUUGCCAAGUUCCUCAUGACCUGUCUCAAAUGCUGCUUCUGGUGCCUGGAGAAGUUCAUCAGAUUCCUCAACAGGAAUGCCUACAUCAUGAUUGCCAUCUAUGGUACCAACUUCUGUACCUCAGCCAAGAAUGCCUUCUUUCUGCUGAUGAGAAACAUCAUCAGAGUGGCUGUCCUGGACAAAGUUACUGACUUCCUCUUCCUGUUGGGCAAACUUCUGAUUGUGGGUAGUGUGGGGAUCCUGGCUUUCUUCUUCUUCACCCACCGUAUUAGGAUCAUACAAGACACAGCACCACCUCUCAAUUAUUACUGGGUCCCUAUAAUGACUGUGAUCAUCGGUUCCUACCUGAUUGCCCAGGGCUUCUUCAGUGUCUACGGCAUGUGUGUGGACACGCUCUUCCUCUGCUUCUUGGAGGACCUGGAGAGGAAUGAUGGCUCGGCCGAGAGGCCUUACUUCAUGUCUUCCAAUCUCAAGAAGCUUUUGAACAAGACCAACAAGAAGCUGGUGGAGUCUUAAAGGCCCCACCUUCCCUCACCUUCCUGUAAAGUCUCACACUGGGUGCUCUGCAGCUAGGUCGGAACUGCCAGCCCAUUGGGCUGACCUGAAGUCCAGUCACUGCCACCCCCCGUCACCCAGUUACCACCAGUUUCUGGGGACCUGGAGGAUUUGUGACAUCUUUCUAUGCCAAGGGUCAGUCAGACUUUUCAUGGUGGCCUCCAAAAGACUGAGUGAAAACGAGUCAGUCCAGCCCUCAAUGGCCUGGAUGGGAAGAAGUCCCUUGAGGGCUCUUGAUGUGUCUGGCACUCGAUGGGAUCCAACCUCCGUGGGCUGCCUCAGCCUUCCUGUUCCUCUUACGGUGGGAUGGCGUUUGUGUCUGCAGGAGCUGUGGCCACAGUAAGCUGCAGCUCCUAAAGGCCCUGGUUCACGGUAUCUGCUCAGUUAGGACUGAGCCCCUUCUCAUAGCUGAACAACUGGCUCACAAGCCACCACAUGCAUUUCUUUAUUAUUUUUUUAACCUGGCUAUGCAUUAAAGGGUCUAUUAGCUUUUUUUUUUUCCUGUCUGUCUCAGCAACUGAGACGGGGCCACUGAGGAGUGCCUUCUGUAGUGGGGUAUGGUACGCGUGUGCAGCUCAAACAUCAUGUUAUAGCUGCAGUGGGGUAUGGUAGGCCUGAGUUUCCAGCUUUGUUGGGACGUAUCUGUGGCUGCCUCUCCCAGGUGGGGGAGUCUUGUGGUCUGUGGGGGGAAGCAGCGCGCCCUGUUGAGGGGAGAUAAGGGAGUGAGGCUGUUUGGUAGGCUGCUUUGAGCAGGAGGGAGGAUACCUCUAAUAGCAGCCUAAUGGAAGCCUGCCGGCUGGCUGGAGGAGCUGGGCUGAAUUUUCUCCCCGUCCUCUGCCAGUUAUUGACACAGCUCUCUUUGUAAGAGAGAAAAGAAACUGAAUCCACCCAAGGGACAAUUUCAGGGGAAGGGGUGCAGGGCAGAUGCCACGUGCCCACCGGGCCCCCCUGCCCAGUCACCUCAUCUUGAGGAUCCUUUUGCCAAAUUUGUUGAACUCAGGACCUGGUUUCCUGGUUCCCCCUUCACUGUACCUGAAGGCCCCCGACUUCACGUCUUUGUUCCUCUGUACCGCCCCAGGACCUGGAGAGGGAGAAAUCCCUGCCUGGGGUCUCCAUGUCCUGUGCCUGUUGCCAGCCCUCCCUCCUCUGUCUGUCCACACACCCUUGCGUGUAACUGCAUUCCAACCACUAAUAAAAGUGCCUAUUGUAACAGCG